GAGCCACGUGGUGGGCCGGGAAGCGGCGGCUGCCGAGCGCCCGGGCGGCUGCCCCAGCUGGGCAGUGCUGCACCGCGCCGCGCUCGGUGCCUGCGGGGGCCGCUGCGCGCUGGCCGGCGCCGCGGGCGGGAGGUGUGCCGACGGCCGGCCGCAGACAAAGGAGGCGCGGCGGAGCCCGCGCGGACCGGGCGCACCAUGCACUCGGGGUGCGGGCGGCCGGCCGCGGCUCUGGGGACCCGGCCCUAGUCGCCGGCCCCGCCGCCCCGGGGCGCCAUCGGGACGACGCGGCCCCGCGCGGCGCGAGGAGGAGCCAUGGGCAAGUGCAGCGGGCGCUGCACGCUGGUCGCCUUCUGUUGCCUGCAGCUGGUGGCUGCCCUCCAGCGGCAGAUCUUCGAUUUCCUGGGCUACCAGUGGGCUCCCAUCCUGGCCAACUUCCUGCAUAUCAUGGCUGUCAUCCUGGGCAUCUUUGGCACCGUGCAGUAUCGGUCCCGGUAUCUCAUCCUGUAUGCAGCCUGGCUGGUACUCUGGGUCGGCUGGAAUGCCUUCAUCAUCUGCUUCUACCUGGAGGUUGGACAGCUAUCCCAGGACCGGGACUUCAUCAUGACCUUCAACACAUCCCUGCAUCGCUCCUGGUGGAUGGAGAACGGUCCAGGCUGCCUGGUGACUCCUGUUCUGAACUCCCGCCUGGCCCUGGAGGACCACCAUGUCAUCUCGGUCACUGGCUGCCUGCUUGAUUAUCCGUACAUUGAAGCCCUCAGUAGUGCCCUGCAGAUCUUCCUAGCUCUGUUCGGAUUCGUGUUUGCCUGUUAUGUGAGCAAAGUAUUCCUGGAAGAGGAGGACAGCUUUGACUUCAUCGGUGGCUUUGACUCCUAUGGAUACCAGGCGCCUCAGAAGACGUCGCAUUUACAGCUGCAGCCUCUGUACACGUCUGGGUAGCUUCUGUUCCGCACCCACCUCGUAAAGCUCCCUGGACCUCUGGAGCCUGAAGCAGCGCUGUCCGGAGGCUUGGAUCACGAUGAGCAGGCGCGCCCCCUGGCGGCGCUUAGGCUAACUGCAGCUUGUACAGCCUCCUGGAUCUGCAGCCCCUGGAGCAAAUGCGGACUCACUUAGACUUGAACUUGGACCUGACCCUAGCCGGACUUCAGGGUUGGGGCAGGAUGGGGUUGGGGGGAGGGGGAAUCGCUGGGUUUGUAUUUUUUUUAAUCUCAGCCUUGGUACGUGCCAGGGUCUUCCUCUUUCUUCAGCUCUACUCCUUACCUAGUAUCUUGCCCUCAGUCCAAACAGCAAGACAGACGAACUCACCCCAUCUCACCUCUCAUUCACCUGCCCUGGGGAAAGAUACUGUGAACUAGAAGCAGGAGUCCUGGGCUCUAUCACUGGCAUCCUGUGUGACAUCGGGCAGAGUCUUUGCUCUCUCCGGGGCUCAGUUUCCCCACCUCAAAUAAUUAAAAUAAUCCCUUAGCAGAUGAUACUCCUAGCACUCUCGUUUGACUUUUCAAUUCCCUGGGCUAUGGGGCAGAUAUGGAAACUAAGGCCCAGAGAUGUGAGGCGACUUGCUUGAAGCCGCACAGUAAGGUUUUAGCAGAGGCAGGCUUUGAAUCCUGUGUGUUCUAGUUUGAGACUCUCCAAUCCAGUAUCUGGCCUCUGGAUUUGGUUUCCAAGCCCCGCUUCUAGCUCGGGCAAUCCCGCACACUCACAUAUCACCACCACAACACACCAGCUCCACUCUUAAAGCAAUAUACCAGUUCGUUCUCUUGGGAACCAGGCAAACAGAGCCUAAAGCCUUGAGUUCAGCCUGACCCACAGGAAGCCUUUGUAGACUCAGCCUGCUCAUCUUUGGUAAACUUCUAAACCUCGUCCUCCACAAAAGCAGAACCACUACUCGUCCGCCAGAUCUCUAAGCUGGGGUCCACUCCCCCCAAGCAAUCCCAAGCAAACCCUCCAUUCUUCCACCUACUUCACCGUCAUGGUCCCUGAGGGAGAGAGGAUGGUGAUCCAGAAGCAAGCCUGGGAAUAUGAAGGGGCAGAAUGAGUGUGGAUGACUCCAGUCAGGAGGACUAGAACCCCACCCUUUCCUGAGAACAAGCAGAGAGGAGGGCUUUUCUCCAUCUUCUUCCUCCACAGAGGCCCUAAGAACCCCGUGUCCUCAGUAGGUAGGGCUUGGUGAGUUACGUACAGAGAGAACAGACAUCGGUGCCUCCGAUCUGUGAAGCGGAAGCAAUCGGAAGGGCAGCUAAGAAGCAGAGGGACCUAGCAGGGAGCUUGUGCGGGAGAGACAGUUUACACCGCACCGAGGUGAACGCGCAGGGGAGACAGUUCACACCGCACCCAAGGUGAACACGUCGAGGUGAACACGUCGCUCUCCAGUCUUUCCUGAGCUAGAGCGGCAAGCCCCACUCCACUCCAACCAGUGUGCCACACAGAAUAGCCACGCCCAGGAGUUCCUCUGGCGAUCACAGGUCCCUGGGUGGUGAGCCUAAUCAGAGAGGGAUACGUUUCCUUUAAGUCAGGCUACCUCUUGCCACUGGGUCACUUCCCACCAGCAACACUCACUUCUCCCAUCCCUUCCCGCAGGGCUCUCUCUACUCAAGGGUUUAGCCACGGAUGCUUCGAAGCCUUUUGGUUUUAUAAGCUGGGUUUUACAGGGGGAAUCUGGGUUUGCUUCUCAACGAAACCUUGUGGGCUGAGACCUCCCAGGUAUCCAUGCAGGUUGGUUGAUUAAAAAAAAAAAAAAAAAAGUGUUUUCUUCACUGUG